GAGGUUAGGUCAACGUGUGACGUGUCAUGUGACUUGCAUUGACUGGAAGGCAACUUGCAGCUUGACACUACUUGUGUAAAUCACGGAACAAGACGGCACGCCGAUAUUCCAGGAAACACUGUUAUCAAGGACCAACAUCAAUCUAUCAGCUGGUGCUUCGCAAAAUGUCUUCUGAUUUCCCUGCUGUGGUUGACUUAAACGUGGGUGGUCGACAUCUGACAACCUCCCUUUCCACCCUCACCAAGGACAAAGACUCCAAGUUGGCCGCCAUGUUUAGUGGAGGGCAGCUUGUGAACCAGGACAAAGAUGGCCGCUACUUCAUCGAUGCGGAUGGAGAUGUGUUUGUUCACGUCCUCAACUUUCUGAGAUAUGACACAGUGCCUCCCCGCGGAGCAGCUACAGCUGUUCUGAAAUAUGCAGAUUACUUUGAAUUACACGCUCUGAGGAAAACGCUGGAGAUGCGCUUUGACGCAUGGAGGGGAAGGUUUUUUUAUUACACUUCUCACUUGGAAUACGUGAAAGGGGAAGUGAGGAAGUUUAACUUUUCGUCAAGGUAUUUUUAUCUUUGCAUACGUACCAAUGAUUGUUCAUGUCGUAAUCCUCCUGCGCAUCAAACUGAUUUUCAAGGGCUAGGUAAGAUUGAGAUACAUCUUCCUGCUCUUGUUCAUGAUGAUGAAAGUCGAUCUUUGUUGCUUAUUAUUCUGGCACAGGACUUACAAUGUAUGGAUAUCUUCAAAGAUGAGGAAGAAAAACCAAGCGACUGUAACUGUCUCGGUGCAAUGAAACUUCGGUUUGGCAAUGCACCCGAGUCUACACUAAAUGAACUCAAAUGACUUAACAACGCCACCAACAGAAAUUCGCAUUUCGUCUAUUUCUAAAGAGAAUGUAAAUGUAUAUUACUUUUACUUUCCUUCAAAGAGGGUGUAGACGAUUGUGGCGAUAGGUCCGAUGUUGGGGUCAGGGCGUAUCACAUCAGGGUGGAUAUCAAUCAUGAUACCACAAGGUUAUUACAUUGUUAACACAAUUAACCUUGUUAUUUUUCUACUUUCUAUGCUUUGGAGACUAUUAGUGCCUUAGAAUUAUUAAUACUGACAUGUGGAUGUAUGGGAAUGGCUGUAUAAUAAAGACAAUACAAUAUGCAUGUACCCUGAAGUCGAACGGUUUUAUAUUAAUGAGAAAAGACAUUUCACGUGAUUCCAUAGCAUAUGAUUGUAAUAUAGCCAUUUAGUUUUCGAUUAUGCUUCCAUUAACCAAAAGCAAAUUAGGCCACGCCCAUAACCAACUAAUGCUACCUGAUUGGCCGAUAAGAGUGGGCUAGGUUUGUUAUGCAUUAUUGCGCUGAUCGUUUUCACUGAUUUCGUAUUCUUAUUAGUGGUGUAACGAUACGGCGAUACAGUAUUGUAUCCCGAUGCACAGCCCACGAUACGAUGCAUCGAUUUGGAAAGCAUGUAUCGCGAUACAUACGAUAUUUUCAUAACACAGU